AUGAUCCAGGCGUUGCUUGUUGCUCUUGCCUCAGCAGCAGUUGUGACGGCGCAAACCUGCGCCCUCCCUUCCAGCUACAAAUGGAACUCAACUGCCGCCCUCGCGACGCCCAAGUCUGGGUGGGCUUCGCUCAAAGAUUUUUCGCAUGCGCCGUAUAAUGGCCAGCAUCUCGUUUAUGCUACUUACCACGACACCGGCUCGAAUUGGGGCUCGCUUGGUUUCAGCACUUUUAGCGACUGGAGUCAAAUGGGCUCAGCCACCCAAACGGGUAUGACUUCAGGCUCGGCGGUUGCGCCAACACUCUUCCUGUUUGCACCAAAAAACAUCUGGAUUCUUGCGCAUCAGUGGGGCCCAACAACGUUUUCCUAUCGCACCUCAAGUAAUCCCACCAACCCCAACGGCUGGUCCGGAGACAACGAACUCUUCAGCGGUAAACUUUCUGGCGGUGGCGUUGGCGCAAUCGACCAGACAGUGAUUGGAGACAGUUCCAACAUGUAUCUUUUCUUCGCUGGCGACAACGGCAGCAUCUACCGCGCUAGUAUGCCGAUCGGCAACUUCCCUGGCAGCUUCGGCUCCUCAUUCACUACGAUUAUGAGCGGUCCCACCAAUGACCUCUUUGAGGCGGUCCAGGUUUACAAGCUCAAAGGCCAGACUAAAUGGCUGAUGAUCGUCGAGUCGCAAGGCGCCAAUGGACGAUACUUCCGCUCCUUCACUGCGACGAGCUUGGGUGGGUCGUGGACAGCAGAUAAGACGAGUGAGAGUGCCCCGUUCGCAGGCAAGGCCAACAGCGGCGCGACCUGGACAAACGACAUCAGCCAUGGCGAUCUUAUUCGUGACAAUGCUGACCAGAAUAUGGAAAUUGACCCUUGCAACCUCCAACUGCUUUACCAGGGACGCUCGCCGUCUUCUGGCGGGGACUACAACCUCUUGCCAUACCGCCCAGGCGUUUUGACCCUGACCAACCCCGGAGCCGCUAGCGGUGGAACUGGAACCACGACGACCUCAAAAAUAACCACAACGACCUCGAAAACAUCUUCAACGACUUCCGCACCAGGCGGAGGAAGCACUGGGUGCACAUCACCAUUAUAUGGACAGUGUGGUGGCUCGACCUGGACUGGAUGUACCUCAUGUGCAGCUGGUAGCACCUGCACCUACUCAAAUGACUACUAUUCGCAAUGCCUCUGA